CCACGCCCCGUCUCGGUUCUGAGAGCUUCGCAGGGCCUUGUUCGUGCUGUGCUGGGCUCCUUCUCUGGGCUCGUUCUGCACCUCACUGCCUCUGUGAACCAGGCGGAGGCUUCACAGGACAACACCCCCGAUUCCCUGUGGCCCAGCUGCUUAAGGAUGCCGUCUAGAAGCCCUGAAUCACAACAUGAUCCAGCUUUGACUUUCUGCAGAGGUGAGGACUCCAUCAGCACCCUGGGCCUGAUCCUUGGCGUGGGGCUCUCGCUGCUGCUCGUGUCCGUCCUGGGCUACAGCCUGGCCAAGUGGUACCAGCGUGGGUACUGCUGGGAGGGGCCUAAUUUUGUCUUCAACUUGUAUCAGAUCCGGAACCUGAAGGAGCCGGAGGCGGGCCCACCCUUCACCAUCAGUGGCCACCUCAGCAGUUCAGAUCGCGGCUACGUGAAGUUCUCCGACAGGCUAGUCUGAUGGGGGAGUGUCAGCCUCUGGAGCCCUGGAGA